CAAGGAAGUGUCAUUAUUCAUUACCAUGGCCCAAGCCGCCAAAGUUCCGUUUAUAGUCACCAGUUACCCGCCCAAUCUGUACUCUCUCUCCAAAAUCUCUCUCUAGGGUUUUGAGUAUGGAAGGGGGGGAAUGCGGAGUUUCGGACCAGCAUUAGAGACAGAGGAUUCGGGUUGAUUCCUCUGAGGAGCUUGGAUUAGUGGAUAAAACGGUUUAUUGGUGGCUUAAUGGAGCACGUUGAACUCAAUGAAUUGAGAAGUUUGUUCAUGAAGAUGGGUUCUAAGGCAACUAGGGUUCCUUUGGAGGGUGGAGCUGGAGCUAGGAUUUCAGAAGGUGGGGUCUUGGGUGUAUUUAAGAGCGGAAAACAUUAAUAAUUUUCUAGUGUUAUGAGAUUGAUUCUGCACAAAUUGAUUCAGUUGUUAAUGCUGCUAAUUUGUUUCUCAGUAUGUAUAAUGAUGAAUGUGCUUACUGAAAACUAGAAGGGCGUUGGGUUCUGAUUCUUUGCACUACACAGUAGAUGAAGGCAGUAACGCAAAAAUGGUCAAUGUGUUGAAAAAAGUCACGAUGAAGACACUGGGAAGUGGGUAUGAAGUGGGAGACAUGGUGUGGGGAAAGGUGAAAUCACAUCCUUGGUGGCCAGGGCAGAUACUUGAUGAAGGUUUUGCAGAGCCCGCUGCACGGAGGACAAAGCGAGAGGGUCAUGUAUUGAUUUCUUUUUAUGGUGAUGAUAGCUAUGGAUGGUUCGAUCCCGUGGAGCUUGUCCCAUUUGAUUCUCACUAUGCUGAGAAAUCUAAGCAAACAAAUGCUGAUGCCUUUGUGAGUUCCGUUGAAGAGGCUGUGAAUGAGGCCGCUCGAAGAGCAGCGCUUGGAUUGGUGUGUAAUUGUUGCAACCCUAACGGUUUUUUAUCUUCUUCUGUUGAAGGAUUUUUUUCGGUUCAUGUGAAUGGGUAUGAACAUCGGGGGUUGUACUCAGCAGAACAAAUUAAAAGGGCAAGAGAUGGGUUUCGACCUGUUGAGAUGCAUUCUUUUGUGCUGGAGAUAGCCAUGAUGCCAUUUAGCAAUGCUGAAAGAAGCAUUGAUUGCAUCAAGAAUGCAUCUAGUGUUCUUGCUUAUAGGAAGGCAGUGUUUAAGGAGAUUGAUGAACCAUACCUCCAAGCAUUGGGGGUUCCAGAACAUUCUGGCCAUUUAACUAAGGUUUUAGGUCAGCAGGAAAAAGUGUUAUCUCAAGCUCCCUUCGGCAAGUCACUCAAGGCUGCUGAUACUCUAGGUGAAAGAAACGGCUCUGCAGGGCCUAUAAAUAUCAAUGACCAACAGAAGAAAUGCAACUCUCUCGUCAAACAGAUAGAUGAAUCAGAUGUAUCAGAAGUCAACUUUAGCCUAGAGCAACAAAGGUCCUUUCUUCCAUCUGUGUCUGAAGAGGGAGCGACAGCAUUAGUAGAUGGAGAUUAUGUCUUGCAGAGAAGUUCACCUAUUUCUGUUAAAUCCAAGUAUCCUGGGAUGCAGGAUAGAAUUGUUGCUGUUGGCAGUCAAAGUACAAUUCCUAGUCUAGGUAUUACUGGUAAAGAGGUUAUAGCUGUAGACAAGCAGCCACUACUUGCAAAUGAUAGCUCAGCUGACGCCCAGGUGAACAUGACUGAAGUUGUUUUGCCUGCUGAAGUUUAUGGAUUUGAUUUGUCCAGGAUGUCAGAAUCCUAUGGUCUAAAGUUUCAAAGGAAAGCUGAAGUGAUGGAUGACUAUAAACUGGAUGCUGCAGAAUCUUUGGAUGGUUCUCAAAGCUUUCAGCAACCUCACACAUCAUUAUCAGAAACAGAUGAAAAUAGUCUUGCAUUGGAUAGCUUGCAGUUGGCUGGUGGAUUACCACCUCCUUAUAAAGUUCUUGUUACGAGUAGUAUUGUCUUGGAAGGUAAGUCAAUGAUUGUUAAUCAAUCUGUUAUGGGGAAGAAAAAGAAGAAGGAGUUUUCCACAGAAGCAGGCCUGGUAUGUCCACUAAAACGUCGUAAAACUGUAAAAACUAAAGCAUUAGUGACAAUUUUUUCUGAAAAAUCCAGCUUAGCUGGUUUGGGUCACAGGAAUGACUCACAGAUUGAUCAACAGGGAAAGGACAAUGCAGUUACCAUUACCAUUUCAUCUGAUUCUGGGGUUGCUAAGCCAAUGGCCUAUCCGAGAAAUACUGAAAUCAACCUUCCUCAACUACUCCAUGAUCUGCUAGCUCUUGCCUGUGAUCUUUUUCAUGGUUCUGAACAGAAUACUCUUGCAAAUGUGCAGCAGUUCUUCUUGCCACUGAGAUCCAUCAUUUGUCAGAAAAGCUCGCCCCAGGUCCAUCCAACUGAGGUUAAAUCAGUUGAAGUUCGAACCACUAUAUCUCCUUCCACUGCUAUGGCUGCUGAGAGGCUUCCUUGUGUGAAUGCUAUGGACCAAUUGUAUACUUCAAAACCAACACUAAGGAAAAAACAGUUCAAACCUGAAGAUCAUGGAGAGGCUGGUCAAAAUGGUAGCAUCGCUGGUUCUGGGGAGGAGUUGUCUACAAAGGGGUUUAAAAGAUUGAGUAAGCUGGAGUCGUUAGAUGUGGUCAAGAAAUCUGGUCACCAGAAGCCUCUGGAGGUCCAGGGAGGCAAUCCCCAGGAGAUGAGUACAAUGGUUCCAACAAAGCCAAUGAAUAACAGGAAGCUAGGAGCUCGAAUCAGGGCUGCUGAAUGUAUAAUGGAUCAGAAGGUGUUGAGUAUGAAAGUUCCAAAGCCAAUAAAUGAUUUGAAGCUAGAAGCUCAGGUUGGGACUGCUGAACCUACAAUGUUAAUGAUGAAAUUCCCUCCUAAAACAACAUUACCCUCAAUUCCUGAGCUGAAAGCAAGAUUUGUACGCUUUGGGCCUCUGGAUCACUCUGCCACACGUGUAUUUUGGAGCUCCUCAACGUGUCAGGUUGUGUUCAAACACAAAUGUGAUGCCCAGGCAGCAUAUAGUUUCGCCAUGCGGAACAGUUCCCUUUUUGGCAAUAUGAAGGUUGAUUAUCACUUGAAAGUCAUUGAAGCAUCGGCUCCUCAAUUACCUGAAUCAAUCAACUUGAUUGUGGAGAAAACAGCUAAUGGGGUUCUAAAUUUGAAUUCCGUAGGAGCAGGCAAACCUACUGGGUGUUCUCUCCGUCCAAGGGCCCAGCUCAAGUCAUGUCUGACGAGCCCACUGGGUGCUGCAUUAGCAUCCACCACAGGUGUUCCAAUUGAGAAUCCUCCUGUCAAAUUUAUGCUAGGUGGGGAAAAAUGUGCUAUGGAAGAGCCAGUAGUAGCUAGUAAUAGAAACAUCAACAACUCCACUAAUUUCAAUAUUAAGAACUUCAACUUCCAACAGGUCUUUACUCCACCUAUGCUUCCUCUCAUUUCCCAUUCCUUCCAGAUUCCAAAUGUGCAAGAGAAAAGUGGAGUUGGUCCUUUUGACAAAGCUCCUAAUGUGCGGCAAUAUGGCCAACCUGAUGCAACAAAUAAUGUUCACACCUCCACUGCACACCUAAUAGACUUCUUUCAUAGGAUGUUAAAUGUUUUGAAGAGGUGUGAAGACAUUGUUGGUCGAAUUAAGUCACAAGGAUAUAACACCUACCAGCCUCUCCGAUGAGGAACAGUGAGACUCUUAGCUUGUCAUCUGCAAUCACUUUUGGUGGUCAAUGCAAGAAUAUGAACUCUGCAAACACAAAGCUAAGACCUGUUUGGGCCAUGGAACUUCACAGAGGAGUUAAAAGUGUAAAAAAGUUAAAGAUAGACAGAGGAUACGGGUAUGUCGUUCUGUUUUCUGGGUAGGCCGGCACAUGUCCACUACCCUAUAAACAUGUAUGAACAUUUGUAUUCUGCCUUUAAGCUUGUGGAGAAAUCUGAUACCAAAAAAAAAAAAAAAAUUGCUCUGCAUUUGGGUUU